AUGAAACCUGCCUUCUUAAGAGAAGUAAGAAUUCCAGAAGAAAUCUUGACAAACCUUUGCCAUCAAGGUGGUGACUAUGCAAGUGAAAAACAUUCUGCUGGAAGAGCGAAGCCGUGGGAGCAAUCAGGGAAAGCAACCUUGAGAAGUUCAUCACAAACAAGAACGAAUUUUGGAGGAAGACCGGGCAAGUUAUUGGAAACAUCUGAAGAUGAGUUAAGUUCCUGUAAAGAUCAGCCAAGCAUAGAGAUUCAUUUGCAAAGAAGUCAGAAGAGUGUGAAGAACAACGUUAAAGAAAUAAAGUUCUUGAUGAUGAAAACUCCAUGCUCGCAGAGACUCAAGAGUCAUUCUAACGAGUGUGAGAAGAUGAGCCUUAAAGUUCCAUCGCGGUCACGCUACAACUGCUCCCUCUGCGACUUCGACCUCCACACUCACUGUUCCAUUCCUUCUCCUUCACUCUUCCACCCUUUCUACCCCAAAUGCUCCUUCCACUUCCUCUCUCACCCUCCCGGCGACACUCCCCGCUACUGCAACGCCUGCCAGAAGCCCGUCAAGGGCUUCCUCUACCACUGCUUCUCCUGUGGCUUCGACCUCCACCCCUGCUGCGCCAAGCUGCCCACGGUUAUUGGGAGCGACGGCAACAAUGGUGGUGGUGGUUAUGGUAAUGGAGUGAAGUUAUUCUUGUACCGGACGGUGCGGUCGGCGUGUCACCGGUGCGGGCAGAAGGGGCGGGGGUGGAGCUACAGGUCGUCGUGCAAGAGGUAUAACUUGCAUGUGGCGUGUGUGAGGGAGAUGGUGGUGGAGAGCUGGCAUGAGGGUGGGGGGUUGAAGAGUGUGGUUGAGAGUGGUUGCCAUAAGGGGAGAGGAGGGAAAGGUGGUAGGGUCAGGAGGUGUUGUGAGGUCGCCGGCGUGGCCCUGCAGGUGGUGGUGUCGGCGGUGCUUGGUGAUCCCACCGCUCUCAUCGCCGGGAUCGUUGGGUCGUUGGUCUCACGUGCUUGA